AUGUCGUCGCUUUGGGAUACGUUUUCUGGACGCAAGUCCUCUCAGAAGGAGACGGGGGCUUCGAACGGCCCUACCCCCACCCAAGAAUCCUCAACCCUCCAGACGUCGCCUACCCACUUUGACCCUUCAGCAGGAUCUGGUGUCGAGUCUUUCCUUCAGAGCUCUUCCUUCGCGGACCCCGCGCAACUACACCCUCUUUCUGGCCUGAACAAGGACACCCUCGAAUACCUCUCCCUCGAAGACGCGGCUCUGACCGAUGUGCCCGGCGGCCAGUCCGUUCUCCCCUCCCGAGGCUUUACAGACGAUCUCUGCUACGGAACCGGUGUCACAUACUUGGCGGCCUUGUCGAUAGGAGGAGCCUGGGGUCUUCAGGAGGGCCUCAGGAGGUCUGCUGGCCAGCCCCCGAAGCUGCGUCUGAACUCGAUCCUCAACGCCGUCACUCGUCGCGGCCCCUUCCUCGGCAACUCAGCAGGCGUUGUCGCUAUCACCUACAACCUCUUUAACUCUAGCAUCGGCUACUUCAGAGGGAAGCAUGAUGCUGCCAAUACUAUCUUGGCUGGCGCGUUGAGUGGAAUGGUUUUCAAGAGCACCAGAGGGGUGCGGCCCAUGUUGAUUUCUGGUGGUAUCGUGGCCUCUGUGGCUGGUGCUUGGGCGGUUGUUCGCCGAACUUUCUUUGCCAUUCCGGAGCCGUCUAUGUCUUCGGAGCACGCCCACUUGUAA